AUGAACAGGUUCACCGAAGAGCAGUUGCAACAGCAGUGGAGAUGGACGCGAAUGACGCCACAUGAACAGCAGGAAUACCGUGAUCGUCUAGCUCAGCGUACUUCUCAACAGCAGUACGGACAGCCACAAGGGCAUCAGCAGCAGGCAUCUGCCCGCCCAAAUACCCCCCGAGAAGUUACGGACAGGGCGUUGAGCCACAAUCAGUCAGUCAGUCAUCCGCAGCAGGUACCGCGGCCUUCACAACAGCAGCAGGGACCGCGACCUUCACAGCAGCAAGACGGGCGGCCAGAAGGACGGUCAUCUCCACAGCAGCAGCAGCAUUCGCAACAACAAUGGCAGUUGCGUCAACAGCCGAAUGCCCAACAACGACCGAACCCUAUGCAGUUCCCCGCACAGUCUUUCAACGAAACGCGACUUCCCGGAUCCAGUGGUAUGGCGCCUCCUCCAAAUCCAAACCGUAUUAGAGUCUUCUCGCAGGCUCAGGCUUCAACACGCUCAGUACCAAACGUAUUUCCUUCGAACAAUUUAUCCGGUGCGAAUAUCACUAUGACGGGAAACGGCCAACAGCAACGCCAGAAUGUAGCUCGGAGCGCAUCUAAGCCAUGUGCAUCAGGUCCGCUAUCGGCAUCCUCCCCGUCUUCCACUUCGUCUAGGACCAUUUCACCCCAGAAUGGAGCAACAGCACAAGCAUCAACGACUGCUACCUCGCCCACUAAAUACCAAAAGCCGUCGACACCUGGCGCCAACUCUCAUAUGCCUGUUCUGCCGCCGUCUACUACGCGAACGCAAGGCCCUGGAUCGGCUCAAGUCACAGGUCAGAAACGCCAGGCAACAGGCGCGCCUGAGGGUGCUAGGCCUGCAGACAAGCGGCCAAAUCUGAUGACACAAUCUGGUGCCGUCGACCAUACCACCUUCGCACGUCAAAACACCGCUACGCCUCAUCAGUCAGGCGUAUACCAUCAAGCACACGGCACCCCAAAUGGCGCACCGAAUGGCGUCGCCCUGACUACGAGGGAUCCAAAUUUGGAGCGCCGCGAGCAGCAGGCUAAGCUUGAUGCUAAGCAUGAGGCAGAACUUCAGUGCAUACAGGAGCACCAAGCUAGAGUAGCUGAACAAGCUCGCGUUAUGGAGGAGUACCAAGUCGCUCAAGCCGCCGCCCUUCAACGAGAGAAGGACGACAAACGAAGGGAAGAGCUGCGAAAGGACCCGAGCGCAAACUACUGCCACAUACUCGAGGUCUACAAGCUAAUGCCACUGAAGAAGGGCGAGUUGCCCAAUAAAUAUCUACUGGGGUUGAUCGCUAAUCGACCGAUGCCGAUGGACCUUGACAGCGACCUUGCGCUCGCGAUCACGUACGCCAAGGACCAUUGGGACUACUACUGUCAGUGGCCCAAGGAUGUAGCACGGUUUGCAGGCUAUGAGAGAGAGAGAAGGGCCAAGAAGCUUGCUUAG